AGUUUAAAAAAUGUAUACUGCUCAAUUAGCUAUUAUUGCAAUAGCAGCUACAAUAGUUACAGUCAAUUGUCUGGAUCCUAUACGCGGACCAUUGGAUGAUAAAACUGAUGAUACAUUUCAACAGGACUGUCUACAGUCAACCAAUGCCUACCGGAGCCAACAUCACGCACCGGGAUUGACCAUUGAUCAGUCGUUGGUAACAUAUGCCAAGUCCCGGUGCCAAUUGAUAUCCCAAUAUCAGGACCUACAACAUGGUCAUGCCGGCCUAGCUGGUGGUACGGGUGAAAAUCUAGCAUGGGCAGGUAGUUCAGCUCCAGGUGUCGGUUCAUGUAAAUCAGCUAUUGAUGAAUGGUAUAAUGAAGUCCAAUACUACGACUACAAUACCUACCAGUCCACUGAUCCCAGCAAACAAAUCGGUCAUUUCACGCAAUUAGUCUGGAAGUCGACUACACGGGUCGGUUGUGCCCGUUGUUACGGUAAGGGCAGCCAAUGGUACGAAACCUAUGUUGUAUGCGAUUAUCAACCGCCGGGUAAUUUCGUAGUCAACGGUGACACUGCUAAAGCUUACGGUGAAAAUGUAUUGAAACCCUAGAAAACUGUUAAUAAAAAAAAUAAAA